GCACUAAGAUACUCAGUUCCAAGUUUGGAGCUUUUAGCUGCCAGCCCUGGCCCAUCAUGUAGCUGCAGCACAGCCUUCCCUAACGUUGCAACUGGGGGAAAUAUCACUUUCCAGUCUGUUUUGCAAGGUGUGCAUUUCCAUCUUGAUUCCCUGAAAGUCCAUCUGCUGCAUCGGUCAAGAGAAACUCCACUUGCAUGAAGAUUGCACGCCUGCAGCUUGCAUCUUUGUUGCAAAACUAGCUACAGAAGAGAAGCAAGGCAAAGUCUUUUGUGCUCCCCUCCCCCAUCAAAGGAAAGGGGAAAAUGUCUCAGUCGAAAGGCAAGAAGCGAAACCCUGGCCUUAAAAUUCCAAAAGAAGCAUUUGAACAACCUCAGACCAGUUCCACACCACCUCGAGAUUUAGACUCCAAGGCUUGCAUUUCUAUUGGAAAUCAGAACUUUGAGGUGAAGGCAGAUGACCUGGAGCCUAUAAUGGAACUGGGACGAGGUGCGUACGGGGUGGUGGAGAAGAUGCGGCACGUGCCCAGCGGGCAGAUCAUGGCGGUGAAGCGGAUCCGAGCCACAGUAAAUAGCCAGGAACAGAAAAGGCUACUGAUGGAUUUGGAUAUUUCCAUGAGGACGGUGGACUGUCCAUUCACCGUCACCUUUUAUGGCGCACUGUUUCGGGAGGGUGAUGUGUGGAUCUGCAUGGAGCUCAUGGAUACAUCACUAGAUAAAUUCUACAAACAAGUUAUUGAUAAAGGCCAGACAAUUCCAGAGGACAUCUUAGGGAAAAUAGCAGUUUCUAUUGUAAAAGCAUUAGAACAUUUACACAGUAAGCUGUCUGUCAUUCACAGAGAUGUCAAGCCUUCUAAUGUACUCAUUAAUGCUCUCGGUCAAGUGAAGAUGUGCGAUUUUGGAAUCAGUGGCUACUUGGUGGACUCUGUUGCUAAAACAAUUGAUGCGGGUUGCAAACCAUACAUGGCCCCUGAAAGAAUAAACCCAGAGCUCAACCAGAAGGGAUACAGUGUGAAGUCUGACAUUUGGAGUCUGGGCAUCACGAUGAUUGAGUUGGCCAUCCUUCGAUUUCCCUAUGAUUCAUGGGGAACUCCAUUUCAGCAGCUCAAACAGGUGGUAGAGGAGCCAUCGCCACAACUCCCAGCAGACAAGUUCUCUGCAGAGUUCGUUGACUUUACCUCACAGUGCUUAAAGAAGAAUUCCAAAGAACGGCCUACAUACCCAGAGCUAAUGCAACAUCCAUUUUUCACUCUACAUGAAUCCAAAGGAACAGAUGUGGCAUCUUUUGUAAAACUGAUUCUUGGAGACUAAAAAGCAAUGGACUUAAUCGGUUGACCCUACUGUGGAUUGGUGGGUUUUGGGGUGAAGCAAGUUCACUACAGCGUCAAUAGAAAGUCAUCUUUGAGAUAAUUGAACCCUGCCUUUCAGAGGGUUUUCUCUCCCAAUUUUCUUUUUAUUCCCCCUCUUGAGGGGGCCUUGGGAUCUAUAGUAUAGAAUGAACUGUCUAGAUGGAUGAAUUAUGAUAAAGGCUUAGGACUUAAAAAGGUGAUUAAAUAUUUAAUGAUGUGUCAUAUGAGUCCUCAAGCUUCUCAGACUUCUCUUAUUCUUUACAAAAUGAAUGCAUUAGCCCUGACAAAAAGGUGCUACAGUAGUGAUGAAAUUAUAAGUAGAUUUGUAGUUCGUCCCAUUUAUUAUUUUAAUAUUUAUGUUUAAGUGCUUGCUUGAAAAGAUUCCAUUUUAUACAAGAAGGGAGAUUCAAAAAAAAAAAAAAAGACAAGGUUGGGUUGGCAAUAUUUAUAGGGCUUUUAUUUUUUAAGUUCAAUUGUGUCUGUGAUCCAGAAGAAAUUAUUUAAUAUGCAUCUUUGAGAAAUUAUAAAAAUAUCAAAAAGGAGCUCUUCUUGUGAAAUGUCUGUUCCAGCUGUUGUGACUGCUGCCAUUUUUGCAAACAUCCGCCCAAUCCUGGGUGAUCACCACAUCUUUUAGGGGAAGUGGCAAGAUGCUGUGGUCAUACUCUUUUCCCCAACUUUGGAAAACGUAAAAAUCACUCGUAUCACAGCUCAAAGAGUAAAACAUUUGGUUCUCCUGACACUUGGGGUAUAGUAUUAGUGGAAAGUGAUUCGUAAUAUGAUUUUAUAUCCACCUACCUAUUCAUCUACCUGUGUGUGUGUUUCUCUGUAUAUUUGGCAAUUCGCAAGUCCUGCCAAAUGGUUUCCAUGAGCAUCUCUGUCUGGUAAGGAGGACAUUUGUCAGUUUUGAGGGGGAGAUGUGUUAAACUACA